AUGGUUGAUUUUAAUGCUCAGGGCUCCUCCUGCAACUUCCCAAGUGGUGACGGGAAAGUUCAGAAGAUUAAUCUUCCUGAGGAUGUUUAUGUGUUUACUGUAUGUGCUCGUAAAUUUGGUUUGCGGGUGCUCGAGUUGAAGGAGCAGGAGUUAGUGAGGAGGAAGCUAUGGCUGUGGCUGAUGUAUGCUUCCUGCAAUUUUCUACUUAAACAGUUCUCUCUUUUUCUCUUUGUCUCCGUUCUAGGUACUAUGGAAUAUCGGGCAGGGAAGAAAGCGAAAAAGCAGGCAUAUGCCCGAUUGAAACAAAUUGCACGUCUUCAGGGGAAGAGGCCUCCUCCAAACCCAUAUCCUAGUGCUAUUAAGGAGAUACAAGCAGAGGAGAGGAAGUAUGUUCGUGAUCGUUUCUUUAAUCCCAGUAUACUCAAAAUGGUGCAAAUGCUGAAAGAGGAGAGGGCAGCAGAUUUUGAAGACAGAAGGAGAGGGAGUGGCUGGUAA